AUGGUCUCCACGGCCCUGGCCAUCCUGGGCGAGGAUUGCACGACUUCCAGUGAUCAGGGAGGAGAUGAAAAUGUCCAUCAAGGUAGGCCAUUUAUCAAGUACUCACGAGGGCUGGAUACAUAUGAAUUCCUGAGGCAAAGGAGCAUUUUCGAUUUCCCGGUGCACCAUAUACGUCUGCAGUUUCUACAAGCAUAUCUUCACUAUGUUUACCCCGGACAGCCAUGUAUUAAUUUUGAUGAUGUCUAUAACCUUGAGCUUGAGCUCCCGGACUCGCCCCGGAGCCCGCUCUUAAUGUGGUCGAUUCUCUCUGCUGCUUGUCCAUUCGUUGAUAUCAACACCAUACGUCAGGCUGGUCACCCGUCUCGCCUUGAAGCACAAGCAGAGAUGAUUAGCAGGGCAAAGCUAGCUUACCAGGUGGGAACCGAGAAAGAUCAUCUGGUCCAGAUCCAGUCGCUGUUACUGAUGUCGCUUUGGCAAGGGGACAAUGACAGUCCGCUGGAGGCUCCUUACUGGUUAGCUCAAGCUCUUUCUAUUGCUAAAAGCACUGGGUUAGACAUAGACGUUGGGAAAUCAAAAUGCCCCAAGAGUGGCCUGAAGCGGAGGAUCUGGUGGUGUAUAUACAUCCGUGACGUUCAGAUCGCCCUGACCUACUACCGGCCCUGCCAGGUUCACGAAAGCGUCCUUUAUACUACAGCAUACGGCCUUGAGGAUUGA